AUGCCUGUUCCAAGCAAACAUUCUUACACUGCAAUUCCUUCAGAACCCAAUUCCGAAAAGGAAUUCCAAACUACACGUCGCAAUGCUAAGCUGCGUCGUUUCCUUGGUUUGGCUUUACUCGUUAUCUUGGGAACCACUGCUUUAUCAGCAUUGGUUGGUAUUUCAAAGCAUAAAAAGAAACACCACAAGCGCAAUGUUAUCAUGAUGAUCAGUGAUGGUUUUGGACCUGCAUCCGAGACAUAUGCACGUCAAUAUCAUGCAUGGAGAGAAGGAUUGGAACCCAAGGAAGCACGUUUACCAUUGGAUCAUGUACACGUUGGCCAUAGCCGAACACAAAGCUCUUCUAGCUUGGUGACUGAUAGCGCAGCAGGUGCCACAGCUUUCGCAUGCGGGCUCAAGAGUUACAACGGCGCUAUCGGAGUGGAUCCCGAAAAGGUGCCAUGCGGUACUGUGCUUGAAUCGGCCAAGGUGCAUCAUGAUAUGCUUACAGCUUUGGUGGUCACUUCCCGUAUUACUCAUGCAACACCUGCUUCCUUUUCGGCUCAUGUUGAUUGGCGCGAUGAUGAGAAUACUAUUGCUGAGCAACAAAUCGGAAACAACCCAUUGGGCCGCACCGUGGAUUUGAUGUUUGGUGGUGGCUCAUGUGAGUUUUUAAGCAACACCACUCAAGAUAGCUGCAGAGCGGAUGAUCGUGAUCUUUUUACCGAGGCUCAAGAAAAGUUUGGAUGGUCUGUGAAGCGCACACGUCAAGAGUUUGAUGAAAUCCAAUCCUCUGUUGAUCUCCCAUUGAUGGCUAUCUUCUCUCCUCAGCACAUGGAUUAUGAGAUUGAUCGCAACCCCGCCGAACAACCCUCUCUCAAGGAAAUGGUCGAAAAGGCUUUGGCUAUUUUGGAUGAGCAAUCACAAAAGACCGGCAAGAACUUUUUCCUCAUGAUUGAAGGAAGCCGUAUUGAUAUGGCUGCUCACACGAAUGACCCUGCAGCCCACUUUUAUGAAAUCUACGAAUAUCAUCAGACAGCUGAAACAGUAUUGCAAUUCGCCAAGGAACACAAGGGCACUGUCGUCAUCUCCACAAGUGAUCAUGAGACUGGUGGUCUCACUGUGGGUCGUCAGGUCACUGAAGAAUACCCUGAAUACAAAUGGAACCCCGAGGUGAUCAGCAGGGUGCGUAAUUCUUCUGAAGCGUUGGCUCGUGCGUGGGAUGCUGCACAACAAAAGGAAAUCGAUGCUCUCAGCUAUCUUCGUCAAGAAAUUAUCGUCAACGGCUUGGGUAUUGAUGAUGCUACCGAGGAUGAAAUCCAAUCUUUGGUUUCUUGGAAGGACAGUGGAAAGGAUAUCACCGAUCUUGAAAACAGGCUUUCUGAUAUGGUUAGCCGUCGUGCUUUGAUUGGCUGGACUACGCAUGGUCACACAGCUGUGGAUGUCAAUCUUUAUGCUUAUGGCAAGGGCACCAAGGCACUUCGUGGUAGCCAUGAAAACAUUGAGAUUGGUGAAUUCAUUUCAGAUUAUCUAAAGUUGGAUUUGCAAGAUAUCACCUCGAGAUUGAACGCAGAUCAACCAUUUGCAGCUGCCAGCAAGGAGGAAUUGCCUAGAGUAUCCAACCAUCAGCUCCACUAUGAUUAA